CAAACCUGAAUAUGAGAAUGAGAAUGCUAUGUUUUGAAGUUUUGGUUUUGAUUGAUGGAUUAAAGAUGGACGUCUCCUUUUAAGUGAUUUAUGUGACAGUUUUGAAUGACGAUACGUGAAUUGUCUAGAAACACAAGAAGUCAAAAUGAUAUACCGUACAUGGUUAUUGACACGAUUUGACAUCUAGGGAACAUCGUUUGUUUUGAUAAAAAAUUUCAAUUUGAAAAAAUAACCAAUCAUUGUCUGGGAUUAUAUUAAAUUGAUAAUGGCUACUUCGACUUCAGAGGAAUGUCAAGAGCCACUUGUUACUGAUGCAGCACUUGAGAAACUACAAAUAGCUGUCGAACAAUUGUAUCACUUCCGAGACUUUUUCUUUGAAAGUCAUUCAAUAGAUGAAGCCUAUAGAAAAAAUGAUCUACUGAAAGAAAAAAUGGAUGAGACCCUUCAGUUGUUUACUGAACUGAAAGGUCAAGCAGACAAAUCUGACAAAGCAAGAUAUCUUUUCUUGUUGGGUAGGACUUUGAAUGUGAUGUCAGAUGUCAAUACUGAAGCUGAGGAGUGUCUUUCAAAAGCCCUAAAACUCAAUCCUGGAUUAGUUAAUGCUUGGAAUGAGCUAGGUGAAUGCUUUUGGAAGCGAGGCAAGACAAGGGAUGCAAUGAAUUGCUUUGAAAAUGCUCUCUCACAUGCCCGUAACAGAGUAUCCCUGCGAAGUUUGUCUAUCACAUACAGAGAUGAAGCAUCGAGGGCUAAAACUACGGAAGAGCGCCGACGAUUAGUUGAGCUGGGAGUGAAAGUGGCCAAAGAGGCGGUUGCUCAUGAUUUUGAUGAUGGUACUUCUUGGGCAAUACUUGCCAAUGCACAUCUCUCAGAAUUUUUCAAUGUGGCUCAAAACCCUCUCUUUCUUAAAUCUGCCUUAGCAGCAUAUGCCUGGGCUGAGAAAGACCCAAUCACACGAAGCACUGCUGAAUUUCAUUACAACAAGGCAAUAACACUUAAAUAUGAUGAAGAUUACAAACAGGCAUUAGAAGCAUUUAGUGUUGCUUGUUCCUUGGAUCCCACUUGGGAAAGUGCUGCUCAGAAGUUGGAAGAUUUAAUUAUUUACUUAGGUAAAAUUCAUGAGCUGGUAGAGAAAAAAGGCAAAGUUGGUGGAAAAAAACUUCAAGGAAUGUUAAAGAACCUGAGCCCAGACCUUUUAGGUCCCUACAAAGAACAAUUCAAAGAUUUAAACAUGACUCUUUGCCCAUUAACUGAAUUGACUCCUGGUUGUGUAAAUAAAGGUAAAGUGGUGCUAGGAAGAGUCGUGUGCCAUGUCCGACAUGAUGAUGGGGUACCAUUUCUGUUUUGCAUGACUGACAAACAACAGAAUACUGUAGCAGUUUCGGUGUACAAUCUUGCUGAGGGAAAAGGAGUAAUCAUUGGUGAUGCCGUGGCCAUCCCAGAGCCAUACUUCUUCCAGAAACAUGUCUCACAUAAAGAUAAAGAGUACAGCUUUGGUUCCGUGCGAGUCAAUUCACCCAUGAUGUUAGUUGUGAAUGGAAAAAAGCUAGGGCAAGAUUGUGAAGCUGGAAUUACACUAUCCACGUUCAACAAGCCAGACUGAGAAUUUGACAAUUACUGUUUAAUGAAACAGUCUUACAUUCCAUUCACGCAAGUUUAUUCUUACAUAGCUGUUUGGUAUGUAAACUCCGGCAAUCCAUAACUUAACUUUUAUUUUAAAUCGGCAGGAUUCACUUCUCAUUUUAUACGACUAGCUUAAUUGUCUGCUCUGUGAUUAACAUUUUUGUCUGUGAUUAACUGUGUAUGUUGAAAAGGAAAAGACACAGUCUAACACGAUCUCUGAAGGAAAAAGUUAUGACUCAACUCAGCUUAGCUUUGUUUAUCUCUAUUUAUACAUAUAAUUAUUUUUUGUUUUAAGUUUGUACAAGGUUACAACCCAUCUAUAAUUUGUCUAAGCAGUGAUUCUUUUAGGAUAGUUAUAUCAAUUCUAAGUCAUAACAUCACUAAACAAUGAUUAUUUUUUUUUAAAUUCGGGUCCAGAAAGUCUUAUCUUUUAUUUCAU